AUGGAAGCCGUUACCGACCUUGUCAAAGGAUGCUUGCAACGUGAGGAAUCAAUUAAAGUGAUUCCAUUGCUAAAAACGGAUGCGGAUUCGAAAGCCAUCAAUUUCAUUACGUUUAAAAUUAGUGUGGACAAAAAAUUUCAGAGCAAAGCGCCUAAUCCAGAUAGUUGGCCCUCAGGUGGCAAACCAAUCACACCGACCGGCGACCAGAGUCUGCUGAACGGUAGCGCACCAAAGGACAGCAGCGGCGACCACCCGGCGGAAAACGGUGGCAGUACGGUAGUGGAUGGCGUUGCGACUAAGCUCGAAUCCGCGCAACUGCAGAGCAGCCAGCAGCAGCAGCCAAAUGGCACGAAAUCCUCACCUCAGAAAGGUGGUGGAGGAGGAGGAGGAGCUGCCACAGCAGCCUCUGCGGCAUCGCCACACAAGAACGGAGCGACGGGUCAGCCGGGACAACAGCAGCAGCAGCAGACCCAGGUCAGCAAUCAGGUGAUACCGGGGCCCCAGUCCGCGUCGCACGUGGUCAUCGACGAGAAGAAGAAGAAAAAGUGCGCCUGCUGCGUAAUACAGUAAUGAUGACGGGGAGGGCGGUUGCGCUUGGGUGUUAGUGUGGUGGUUGGUCUGUGUGAGUGUGUGGAUGUAUGUGUGAUGAUUGUGGGGAUGAAUGUGAUGAGAUGGCAGACAGGUGGACAGAAAAAGCCGCACGCAAUUGGAAAGUGAGUUUUUUUUUAUUAUUUUUAACCUAUUGUUUUUACGUCUCUGGAAGUACUGUUUUUUUGGUCGUUUGUUUGUUUUUGUAUAAGUGAUUUGAUUUUAUACACAUUCUCAUUAGUAACUGAAAAGUGGAACUGAAUCGAAAGUGACAAACAAAGUGUCAUUUUUUAUUCUUCUGUGAAUGUAAUUAAGUUAUUUUACCUAGAGAGGGCAGUCAGUAGAAGCGCUGGGGGGAGGAAAACCCCAGCGCUGAGGAGGAGGAGGAGGUUUAUACUGUGUGAACGAGUCCGAGAAUCGAGAAGAAGAGAAGCAGUACAGUUUAUGUAUCUUUGUGUAUCUGUAAAACGACAUGUAAUAAUUAAUUGUAAAUUAGGACAAAUAAUGAUGCUUCGCAGAGGUUGGAGUUCCUUUCUUUCGGAGCGCUAGGCAGCAUGGUUAAACAAUCCGGGGGAGAGGAACAAAUCGAGUGGAUUCGAGAAAACCAUGUUUUAUACGUAGGAUUUUUAAUUAUUAACGGACUCAGUUUCUUUACUCUUAUUUAUACAUGUACUAUUCUAAACCGCAGAUAAACAAGCAAAGCAGAAACCAACAGCAAUGGUAGUAUAUAUUAUUAUAUUAUGUAUUCGAAUUAUUGUUUAAACUAAACACGGCUAGGUUCAGUGUUAGCUUACGGAACGAACGGAGAACUGCUGCUAGAUGGGUUCUUUAGUUUGGA